CACAUUAUCCGACACAAUGUUGAUGAUGACGCUAACACUGACCAUGAAACCAAAAACGAAACCCAGCAUAAUUCUAUUAGUUGUAGCCAUAUUUAGUUUAAGCUUCCAAGAGAUUUAUGCACAAACCACUUGCAAGAAUGGCCUGGGACGUGUUCUCUACGAACGCCUGCCAAAUCAACAGCUACAAGGCUACGAUGAUGAUGUGGUACGCGACACGGCUCCACCUUUUCGCGUUCUAGAGAAAUGUCAGGAUUUAUGUUUGCGUGAUCGUACUGGCACCAAUAAUUUGGUGCGUACCUGCACCAGUUUCGAUUUUCAACCGGGCAGUCGGAUAACAGCAUUUGGCGGCAACAUGGAAUACGAAGAGUCACUCUGUUAUUUGACAUCCGAACAGGCUGGGCCAGAAGGUAUUGGCAGCUUGAUGCUGGUGCCGAACAGUGUACACUUCAAUGAGAUUUGUUUGACAUCUAGCCGUCCCGAGCGUGAAUGUCCCAGUCGCCGUUAUGUUUUUGAGCGUCAUCCUCGCAAAAAACUUAAAUUGCCUAUAUCGGACAUUAAAGAGAUAACCGCUGCGAAUCGUUCCGAUUGUGAAGAUAAAUGUCUCAAUGAAUUCUCCUUCGUUUGUCGUUCGGCAAAUUUUGAUUCCACCAUGAGGUCAUGUACACUCAGUAGAUUCACCCGUCGCACCCAUCCCGAACUAUUGGAAGAUGAUCCCAAUUCAGAUUAUUUGGAAAAUACAUGCCUCAACGCCGAACGUCGUUGUGAUGGCUUGGCUGUAUUCGUCAAGGAGGAAAAUAAACGUUUGGGUGGACCAUUCGAAGUGGAUAUUUUUAAUAAUAUGACCUUGGAGGAGUGUCAAACUAUGUGUUUGAGAGCUGAAAAAUACUUUUGCCGUUCCGUGGAAUUUGAUGAUCAAACCAAACAAUGUAUUCUAUCGGAAGAGGAUUCCAUAUCGCAAAAAGAUGACAUCAGCAUAAGUUCAAGUCCCACACAUCAUUUUUAUGAUUUAGUUUGUCUGGAUAAUCAACGCGCCACCGAUUACCCCGACAAUUCCGUGACAUCACAUCUCUUUUCGGGUGGACGACGACCGGAUACAGCUUUUCAACGUUAUCGCAAUUCACGUCUGGGUGGAGAAUUUCAUUCGGAGAUAACUGGUAGAUCGUUGAGUGAAUGUCUGGAUGAGUGUCUAAGACAAACAAGUUUCCAAUGCAGAUCUGCCGUCUACAGUGAUCGUUUUCGUACAUGUCGCCUAAGUCGUUACAAUCAAAAGGAUGGCAUGCGAAUUAUUUAUGAUGCCGAUUAUGAUUAUUAUGAGAAUUUAAUGCUUAAUGUGGUUGGUGGUAGUGGUGAUAGUGAUGGCCAUUCAGGUGCUGGUGGCUCAGGGGCUGGAAGCCACAGACCGUCAGAUCGACCUGGAGUUGAUAACCCCUGGCGCAAUCCCAGCAAAGAUGAUGACCGUUAUGGCAGUGGUAAUCGUUAUGGACAGGGCAGUGGUACAGGUGUUGGCGGUGGCAGUAGAUUGCCUGGAGAUUCAGCUGGUGGGGAUUAUGGCCGUCCACCCUAUGAUCGUUAUCCUGGAGAACCAGGCGGCCUAGAUUAUGAUCGUUUGCCAGGAGAUCGGGAUCGUAUACCACCUCUGGAUCGGGAUCGUUUGCCUGGAGAUAGGGAUCGUAUACCACCGCUGGAUCGUGAUCGCUUACCGCUAGAUCGUGAUCGCAAUCGUUUGCCAGGUGAUCGUUAUCCAGAUGAUCCCGAACGUUACCCCGAAGAUCGUGAUCGUGGUCGAGAUCCCUAUGCCCCUGCCAAUCGUGACCGUUAUCCUGGUGAUCGUGAUCGGUAUCCCCUAACCGACCGAGAUAGACCCUAUAUGAAUCGUUAUCCCGGCCCACCUGGACGUUAUCCUUAUGAUGAACAGUUGCCACCACCCAAGGACAGAUAUGCUGGCCGUUACCCAGAAUCAGAUCGUUAUGGUGAUCGUUAUCCCGAUUCGGAUAGAUAUAUACCCAGAGAUCGUUAUACACCCAUACGCCGGCCAUUGGGUGGACGUUAUCCACUGAUCGAGGAUAAUACCCUGCCACCAGAUAUGCCACAUACCCGACCAUAUCCACCCGAUGAUGAUGUACCCUAUAGACCCUAUUUACCAGGACAUCGUUAUCCUGAAGAUCGUUAUGCUGGUCGGUAUCCUUCACGGUAUCCCAAUAUGAGAGAACCCAUUGGUGGCUAUACCGGACGUGAUGAUCCUGAAGGUAUUUUCCCUGAUCGUCGUUUUAGACCUUCAUCAUAUGAUUCACGUUAUCCUGAUGAUUUGCGUCCUGGCUCGGGAGGCAGGUAUGGACCAGAUGCCCGUUAUCCUGGAGAUGAUAUAGUACAUGGAGCUCGUCGACCCGAACCUGAUUCAGCAAAACGUUAUCCACCAGCACCAAUAGUACCUCCCGUGGGAGGUGGUAAAUAUCCACCUCCUCCUACCUCACCCAAUCGUUUUCCGGUAGGUAAUGACCGUUAUCCCAUAGAUAUUUACAAAUAUGGCAAUCGUUAUGAAGGCAGUGCGGCGGCGGGAGGCUUUAGAGCAGGUUACAAUCGCCCACCUCCUCCUCCACCAUAUUACGAUAUGGACUAUGAGGAACGUUAUGGUGAUCGCUUUGGUCCCUAUGAUCGCGAUUUUGAUAGACCAGCUGGCCGUCGUCCCAUAGCAAAUUCUGGAGGUUAUACCUAUGAUAUGCCCUAUAAUCGCCCCUACCAUGGACCCGGUGGAGCUGGAGGUCCUGGUAGUGGUUCGCUGACACCUUUACCCAAUGAUCAUCCAAUACCGGGAGCUUUGCCACCACCCUUGGCACCAGCAUCAUAUGGUGGUGGUGGACCGGGAGGUCCUGGCGGUCCGGCCGGCAUUCCCAGACCACCAAUAACACGCUGUGAGGAAAGUGAUAAUUUUAAGCAAGUAGCAGCACGCCACAAAAUGAGAAGACAUUUCAUACGUCGCGCAAUAAUUGUACCCUCGCUGAUACAGUGUGAGCGGGAAUGUGUGGAGACUAGGGAUUUCAUAUGUCGUAGUUUCAAUUAUCGCGACACCGCGGUAAGCAAUUACGAUGAGCGUGACAUACCCAAUUGCGAGCUGAGUGAUCGUGAUUCUCGUGAGUUGGAUGUACACGAUCCCAGCUUAUUCGAUGCAGCCAAUUACGAUUUCUAUGAGAGAAGCAGUGCCGGCAGAAGUGAUGGAGAGUGUAUGGACGUUACCCAAACAUGCAAUGAAGAGGGCAUGGAAUUCACCAUUCGAACACCUGAAGGUUUUGUGGGACGCAUUUAUACCUAUGGCUAUUAUGAUCGCUGCUUCUUCCGUGGCAAUGGUGGCACAGUGAAUGUCCUACGCAUCAGCGGUCCUCAGGGUUAUCCCGACUGUGGCACCCAACGUUAUGGUGACACUCUAACCAACAUCGUUGUUGUCCAAUUCUCCGAUAAUGUCCAGACCAGUCGUGACAAACGUUAUAAUUUAACUUGUGUCUUCCGUGGUCCUGGUGAGGCUGUUGUCACCUCAGGUUAUAUUGGAGCUGGUUCCGGCAGUCCAAUACCCAUUGAAUAUUUACCAGCCGAAAAUACGCUCAGUUCAAAGGUACGUUUGAGUAUUUUGUAUCAGGGUAGGCCGACAACAACAAUAGCUGUGGGCGAUCCGCUGACAUUCCGUUUAGAGGCCUUGGAUGGUUAUAAUCAUGCCACAGAUAUAUUUGCCACAAAUGUUGUGGCUCGUGAUCCAUACUCGGGCAGGAGUAUACAACUGAUUGAUCGAUUUGGCUGUCCUGUGGAUCCUUAUGUCUUCCCCGAAUUGGAUAAAUUACGUGAUGGCGACACCUUGGAAGCUCGCUUUAAUGCCUUCAAAAUUCCCGAAUCAAAUUUCUUGGUAUUUGAGGCAACUGUACGUACUUGUCGUGAUGGUUGUCAGCCGGCUUAUUGUCCAGGACCAGCGGGUAGGCAAGAGCCAUCAUUUGGACGGAGGCGUAGAUCUUUAAAUGACACCGAAACAUUAAGCGAGGAAAUUGUCACAAGUACAGAAGAUUCGUUGGAACCGGUGGCAGAACGUUUGGUUGAUGAGCUAACGGAAGUGAAUAGUACCACUGUGACCAGUACCCUGGGUGAGGGUAAUAAAAGUGAGCUAAAUCUUAACAGAGAAGAAAAGAAAAUAUAAUUUUUCAAUAUUUUUCUAGAUAAUACGACAGAGGCAGAAAAUGAAGAACCCGAACAAGUUAGGGAAAUGAUAGAGGUCUUCGAAAGUCGUGAAGAAAUCGAAAAUGAAUCUUACCCCCGAAAAUUGGUGGCACCAGUGGAAACGGUUUGCCUUACACCAUCCGAAUAUCACGGGUUAAUUACGGCGAUUAUUUUACUCAUGAUUUUACUGUUGAGCAUAACCCUAGUUUCCGGUCUGGCUUAUCGUCGCUAUUGGAAGACAAUGUCAAAAAAUCGUAUUGCCGAUCGUCAUUCACCCAUUCAUUCGUUGGGCCACUCUUCAUCGAUACGCACUCAUGAACGUUUCAGUGAAAUCGGUCAUAUGCCAAAUGGUUCGAGUAGUGGUGGCGGUUCGAAUGUCACCACCGCCAAUCGUUCUGCAAAUGCCUUCCGUUCGAAUGUCUCGAUGUUUGGCGGUUCCCUGCACAAGACAUUUGCCACUGGAAAUUUAGCACGAAUGUGUCAGCUGCCCGUAAUAAAUCCAAUGCGUAAUGCCAAUUUAGGACCCAAUCAAUUCGAGGAUCCCAGUGAACCCAUUUAUACCGAUCCAUCGCUAUUCGAACGUUCCAGAUCCCUGCGUAGCCUAAAUGUGGACGGUGGAGAAGGAGGCGACAACAAUGACACCGAUCAGCAUCAUCAAGUUUAAAUCAAAUUCUAUUAUUUGUGCAUUUCUUCGAAAACCCAUGGACUUUUUCAUUUUUUUUUUUAUU